ACCUCGCAGAGUGCUGCAAGUAACCGACGUGUCUCACCUAUUACCGCUGCACACAUACCGCACCGCGUUCUCGGCAUCAUGGCCCCGCCCUUGGUGAUGGAGGUUUUCGGGCUACUUCUAGCAGUGGCCGCAUUGGUGAGGACGGCUCCUGUACAAGAGACUGGUGGUAUUGGCGACCAGUCCUCGUGCACUGAGCGAAGGGUUCAAUAUUGGUCCGAGCGCUCGAGGGAUGCCGUCCAACGCAUCAAAGAUACCCGGUUCGAUCUCGAUACAAAGAUUGAAGUUCUUGGAAACUUGGCAACCACAAAAGAUCUGGAGGACUAUGAAAAAAUGCUGGUUGAAUCUUCACUAGACUCCUUGAAUGAAAUCUUCCAAUAUGGAGCAUUGAUCUUCGGUUGCCCACCGGAGGGAGAGGACCAUUAUACCGUACCUAAAAAAGGAGUCAUUGUGGAUCGAAUCCGACAACAGAUGUUGGUCAUAAUGGAACAUCUGAGAGACAUUCUAAGAGAAGGAAUACCCGAGCAACAGCAGGAUCAACCCCAGCAGGAUCAACCCCAGCAGGAUCAACCCCAGCAGGAUCAACCCCAGCAGGAUCAACCCCAGCAGGGUCAACACCAGCAUGAUCAACACCAGCAUGAUCAACCCCAGCAUGAUCAACCCCAGCAGGGUCAACCCCAGCAGGGUCAACCCAAGCAGGGUCAACCCAAGCAGGGUCAACCCAAGCAGGGUCAACACCAGCAGGACCAACACCAGCAGGACCAACACCAGCAGGACCAACACCAGCAGGACCAACCCCAGCAGGACCAACCCCAGCAGGACCAACCCCAGCAGGGUCAACCCCAGCAGGGUCAACCCCAGCAGGGUCAACCCCAGCAGGGUCAACCCCAGCAGGGUCAACCCCAGCAGGGUCAACCCCAGCAGGGUCAACCCCAGCAGGGUCAACCCCAGCAGGGUCAACCCCAGCAGGGUCAACCCCAGCAGGGUCAAACCCAGCAGGACCCACCCCAGCAGGAUCAACCCCAGCAGGAUCAACCCCAGCAGGGUCAACCCCAGCAGGGUCAACACCAGCAUGAUCAACACCAGCAUGAUCAACCCCAGCAGGGUCAACCCCAGCAGGGUCAACCCCAGCAGGGUCAACCCCAGCAGGGUCAACCCCAGCAGGGUCAACCCCAGCAGGGUCAACCCCAGCAGGGUCAACCCCAGCAGGGUCAACCCCAGCAGGGUCAACCCCAGCAGGGUCAACCCCAGCAGGGUCAACCCCAGCAGGGUCAAACCCAGCAGGACCCACCCCAGCAGGACCAACCCCAGCAGGACCAACCCCAGGCAGAACAACCCGAGAAAAACAACCAGGACGACGAUGAAGCCAGGAGAGGUCAAACACAAUUUGGUGUAUGCAUCGCUCGAGUUAGACAACAAAAUAAAGGUCAAGACGAAGCCUUCAUCUACCAAGCCAUCUUAAAUCAAUGUCAAAGCAAACGAGAAAUUACCAAAGAUCUUCCCAGUGAAGAUGGUGAAACCAAACGAGGGGAUAAAGAGAUGGGUUUAUGCAUCGCUCGAGUAAGACAACAACAUCAAAGUCAAGACGAAGCAUCCAUCUUCCAAGCCAUCUUGAGUCAAUGUCAGAGCAAACGAGAAUUCUCAAAAGAUCCUCCCAGUGAAGAUGAUGAAACAAAGAGAGGUCAAACACAAUUUGGUGUAUGCAUCGCUCGAGUAAGACAACAACAUCAAGGUCAAGACGAAGCCUCCAUCUACCAAGCCAUUUUGAGUCAAUGUCAGAGCAAACGAGAGAUCACUAAAGAUGAUGAAGUCAAGAGAGGUCAGACACAAUUGGGUGUAUGCAUCGCUCGAGUAAGACAACAACACCAAGGUCAAGACGAAGCCUCCAUCUUCCUAGCCAUCUUGAGCCAAUGUCAGAGCAAACGAGAGAUGUCCCUUCCUUUAAGUGAAACGCAGCAAAACCAAGGCGACGAAGACAUCAAGAGAGGUGCUUCAGAGAUGGGUUUAUGCAUCGCUCGAGUCAGACAACAAAAUCAAGGUCAAGACGAAGCCUCAAUCUUCCAAGCAAUCUUGAGUCAAUGUCAGAGCAAACGAGAAAUCACCAAAGAUGAUGAAACCAAGAGGGGUGAUAAAGAGAUGGGUUUAUGCAUCGCUCGAGUAAGACAACAAAACCAAGGUCAAGACGAAGCCUCCAUCUUCCAAGCCAUCUUGAGUCGAUGUCAGAGCAAACGAGAAAUCACCAAAGAUCCUCCAAGUGAAGAUGAUGAAACCACGAGAGGUCAAACACAAUUGGGUGUAUGCAUCGCUCGAGUAAGACAACAACAUCAAAGUCAAGACGAAGCCUCCAUCUUCCAAGCCAUCUCGAGUCAAUGUCAGAGCAAACGAGAAAUCACCAAAGAUCCUCCCAGUGAAGAUGAUGAAACUAAAAGAGGUCAAACACAAUUGGGUGUAUGCAUCGCUCGAGUAAGACAACAACAUCAAGGUCAAGACGAAGCCUCCAUCUUCCAAGCCAUCCAGAAUCAAUGUCAGAGCAAACGAGAGGUUCUGUUCGAACCUUUUAUGUAAAGAGAUACACAUUGAACUGACUUACUUGCUCCAACUUGAAAACUUCAAAUGAAUUGCAAUAUUAUAUAUGAUUAUGAUGACUCUUAUAACGUCCAUCAGACACGAAACACGAUAUACCAAAUGCACAUGAAGUGCGUUUCCGUUGAUUCCUAAUAAGUUUACCUCUCAGAUGGCGAGUUGAUGACGUCCGUCAAAGGUCUAAACGGAAUGGGACUACUUUGCCACCGUUAUGUUAGCAGUUUUUUACAAUUGUUGGAUUUUAAAAAACUACCUGAACUGACACCACCCCAAAUGUGUUUCAAUAAUAUGUGAAUGCACAUGCGGGAAUAUACUGCAAAUAUUUUGAGGUAGUUCGUUAGGCCUACAGGAUGUUCAAAAUAUCAUUGAAGCACCUCAACAUUUUCCACUCAAAAAGGUCACAAAAAGAUACCAUUUAAAAUUUUGAGUAACUAUAUAAAUUUUGAAUCAACUGAAAUUUCAGUAUUUAGCAUGUUGGAGGUUUCAGUUAGGCUACUUAAAAAGUUACCACCAUUUGACAAACUGUUUUAAACAUGGCGGUAGCAAGGUUGAUUGUGUUUCAAGUCGCCAGUUCCUGUGUGAACUGGUAUUAAUUAUAUUAAUUUAUCAAAACAAAAUUUAUAAAUAAUUUGAAAAAAAAAAAAUCGGGAUUCGGUUUAUUCAUAUUAUGUAUAAAGUUAUAGCCUAUUAUGAUGAACAAAUUAUAUAGUGAGAUAGGAUAGCCAAUAGCUAUAGGUUGUGUUAAGCAAACAAACAUAUAAAUUUUGAGUAGGGCCUAGUUUGUUCCGGCCAAAUCUGCAUACUCAACCCAAAUUCAAUUUACCUGUGUGCUUCUCGGUUGACUUCUCCAUACGAUUACACAAAACCCUGCCCCCAUUCUAUUACAUGAGGCCCAAAGGGUUUAACAAAAUGUUUAAAAUUACUCCAGUUAUUCGUUGAUGAUGACAUUCUUUUAACUCAUUACCAGAUAAUUAUGAAACACUUGAAGGGGGCUAUCGAUCCAUACCUUAAAAAACCGCUUGUCCUCGUGAUGAAGGAUCUGUUUUUUGACAAUAAAUGCGUUGUGAACGCGGCUUAUUUUUGUGCAGCAAAUUGGUGUUUCGUGA